GCCGGGCCGGCGGCGGGGUGAGCUGAGGGCAUGCGGCUGCCCGGGCUCUUCGGGCGGCUGAAGGCGGCGGUCGUCGGGGUGGUGCACGUGGGAGCGCUGCCAGGGACACCAAGAAGUUCUCUUCCAUUGACCCAGAUCAUUGAUCAAGCGUGUCGAGAGGCAGAAGCUUACAAGGAUGCUGGAGUUGAUGGCUUGAUAGUAGAAAACAUGCAUGAUCUUCCUUACACUGUGUGUCCUGGGCCUGAAGUAACUGCAGCAAUGACAGUCAUUAGUGCUGCAGUGAGACAAACCUGCCCCCAUCUCGCGCUGGGCAUCCAGAUCCUGUGUGCUGCAAAUCAACAGGCGAUAGCAGUUGCUCUUGCUGCAGGUCUUGAUUUUAUCCGAGCUGAAGGGUUUGUGUUUUCUCAUGUUGCUGAUGAAGGGAUGAUAAACGCCUGUGCAGGUAACCUGCUACGAUACAGAAAACAAGUUGGAGCAGAGAACAUUCAGAUUUUCGCUGAUAUUAAAAAGAAACAUAGUGCUCACGCUCUGACAGCAGAUGUCAGCGUGGCCGAGACUGCUUCGGCUGCCGAGCUCUUCCUGGCUGAUGGGGUUGUACUGACUGGCACGGCUACCGGAUUGCCUGCAGAUCCUCAGGAGCUGAAAGAGGUUGAACGUGCUGUGAAGAUUCCUGUGCUGAUUGGGUCUGGAGUGACUCUGGAGAAUGUGAGGAAUUACUUGGAUGCAAACGCUCUAAUAAUUGGCAGCACAUUUCUGUGGCACUUAAAGCCAUCGUCAAUGCAAAACCAACUCUCCAAAGGCUUGUGUAAUAUAUUCUCUCCUAUAAGUAAAAUGCUUACGGAGUUUAAGAAUUUGUAGUAAAUAUUCAUCACAGGUGAGCUGAGUUUUGUUUUGCCUGUGAGUACAAUAGGAUGCCCUAAGUUUACAGCUAAGAGUAUUGUAAAUUGGACAAGUUAAUUAGCCUUUCAGUUUCUCCAUCUGUAAAAUGAUGAUAAUAGUACCUACAUCACAUGGGGGUUGUAAGACAUAACAAAUGAAUGAAUGUACAGCACUUUCAUCUCCUCAAAUGAAGGGCUCUAUUAAAGUUCAAGAUCAUUAUUUUUUCAUUAGAAUUGUGCAUUUAUUACAAAAAUGUAGUAAUUGUAUACCAUACAGAAAUUUAAGAUAAUUGGGAAAUUGAUUU